GAAGGGUUACGUUUAGUGGCAACUUUUUUUUGCAAUUUGACCACGCCAAAAAUUUGAAGAGUCCAGUAAGAAAGUAUAAAUAUUCAGGCGACAGCCCUCUACUCGCCAGUUCUGAAAGCCAAGGUUAACCUGUACGAGCGAACGUAACACACGGAAAUAUCUCUUCCAAGAUGAUGCUGUUUUUGGCGCUCGCGCUCACCAUGGCGACAGCUCUGCCCGUGCCCAGGAAGGGCGAGCAGUACUUCGACAACCUGGACAUCAACGGAGACGGGAUCAUCACCCUUCAUGAGGCGGACCACGGACUGAGCGUGGCCUCCAUCUUCUCCGCUAUGGACGCCGACUGUGACGGUUUCAUCACGCGCGGACAGAUCCUGUUCUACAUGCGGGAGUUCGUGGAGGCGUUCGACACGCUGGACCUGAACGGAGACGGUUUCCUGACGGUUCAGGAGGCGGAGACGGCCACAACCAUCGGCAGGGUGUUCGCCUUCUUCGACACCAACGCUGACGGGCAGUUGGAGCGUUGGGAGGCGGAGCGGCUGAUCAACCUGAUCGUCCUGCUUCAGGACGCCGCCGCUGCCCAGGGCACGGCCUGCGCCACCACCCCCAGCCCCAACCACGGCCAGGGCCACUAACCUCCUCCCAACACGGCCCGUGCGACCAGCAUCCACCAGAACAACUAGUCUCCACCAGGCUCAGCCUCUGUAGGCUGAAUAAAUAGUAGAAAUCGGCUUCGAAAGAAUGUAGCUGGCCAGGGGAGUUGCCGGCCAUUUUAACUGGCAAACUGGACCCUCUAUGGCCGGCCAACUUCCCUGACCAGAUACAUUUUGUGGGCCGAUUUCUACUAUUUAUUCAGCCUGUAAAACGAGUCUGAUGGAUACUUUUUGCGACUAGCAUCCACCAGAUCAGCGUUAACAACGUCACGGGGUUCAAAUACGGUGAAAUUAAGCCAAAAAAGGAGUUUAAAAUGAGAAUGAUAUUUAAGAAUGUUUUAGCCAAGGGAGUUGGCAACCGUAGUUCUUUUUCCCUCUUCAGAGGAGGGAAAACUCCCGCGGACCGACCCUUCUAGCUGACUAUUCCCGUUCUUAAAAGUAGCAACAAAGAUUCUUCAUUAUUGUUUCUCACAAAGAGACUUUGGCAGGGACACAGAUGUGCCGUCCCUGAAUUACGUGAGUUUGUUACAACAAAAUUUUCUCACAUAACUAACGUUAUAUGUACAAUAAACCUUUUGACGAAUUCUACGCCCGGAACCCCCGUAGGAAGGCCUGGUGGAGGCUAGAGUGCCAGCCGAACUAACCCCCGGACCCGCCUCAACUGAACACCUUCAAAUCACCUGUGGAUUUGCGGCUGAUCAAAGCCGUUCUUACCUGUAAUAAACCAACAAUUUAAGCAUCAGA